AUGGAAAUGCACACAUUAUACACCAAAUCCUUCUUGCUACCCUUAUUCUUCCUUCUCCUCACAUCACUCAUCUCACAUUCUAAAGCUUGUAAUGUAAUAGACAAAGAAGCAUUACUACAAUUCAAGAACAAAAUAACCUCUGACCCGUCACAACUAUUGAAUUCUUGGACAUUGUCCACUGAUUGUUGCAAAGGUUGGAAUGGAGUCACAUGUGAUUCCACCACAGGAAGAGUUGUUAGUCUCACUCUUUCUGGAACCGUCGACGACGGCAUCGAUUUACCUUUUGAUACAUAUUUAUCUGGAACAUUGUCACCUUAUCUUGGAAAUUUAACCAAUCUCAAAAUUUUAAGCCUCAUCGGUUUAAUGCAAUUGAACGGUCCAAUUCCUGUGGAGUUCAAUAAACUUGCCAAACUUGAGAAACUUUUCCUUAAUGACAAUAAAUUAUCUGGUGAUUUACCUCUUGAGAUUGGAUCUUUGGUCUCCUUAUUAGAACUUGGUCUUUCAGGAAAUAAUUUUUCUGGAAUAAUUCCAUCUUCAAUUGGAAGCUUGAAGCUUCUAACUAGCCUUGAUCUUAAAAAGAACAAUCUUAGCGGCGGCGUUCCAGAGAGCAUUGGAAAUCUUAAAAAUCUAGGGUUUUUAGAUUUGUCAGGAAAUAAAAUUGGUGGAAAAAUUCCAGAAUCAAUUGGUGGGCUUAAAAAAUUAAAUACACUUGAUAUGAUGCAAAACAAGAUUGAAGGAAAUGUUCCUGUUUCUAUUGGAGAACUUAGUUCUUUAACAUUUUUAAGGUUAUCAGAUAAUUUGUUAAGUGGUGUUUUACCUUCUGAGAUUGGGAAUCUCAAGAAUUUGAAAAAUUUGAAUCUUCAGAACAACAUGCUUAAUGGGAAUUUGCCUGCUUCUAUUGGGAAUUUAAACGGUUUGAGGGAAUUAUCUCUCGGCAAUAAUAAGUUUUCUGGAAAAAUUCCAGCAACGUUUGGAAAUUUGAAGGAUUUGCAAAAUGUGGAUUUUUCAGGAAAUAGGCUCAGAGGGAGAAUUCCUAAAAGUAUGGCUAAAAUGUCUAAGUCAUCUUUUUUGGGUAAUCGUAGAUUGUGUGGGUUACCACUUCCUCCUUGUAAACCUUUUUAG